AUGACCAAAAUUACCAUACUGGGUGCUGGGGUCACCGGGAUGCUAAUUGCCGCGAAGCUCGCCCGAGAUUUUGAUGUCACUAUCGUGGCCGAAUACAUGCCCGGAGACUACGACACAAAGGAAUGGGCGAGUCCUUGGGCUGGUGCAAUCUGGGUUGGCGUACAUCAAUCUUCCCCCUCAGAGCAAAAGAUGCAGCUAGAAGGUCUUGCAGGUUUAUGGAGGUUGGCAGAGACCAACCCCGAAUCUAGCGUUCGUCAGAUACAGAUGACCGAAAUCAUGGAUCGUGGUUCUAAAAAUGAUGCCUGGUAUGCUCACAAGAUCCCCGAGUUCCGGUUUAUGAGCAAGGAUGAGCUACCUACGGGUGCUCUGUACGGCAUGAAGUACAAGACAGUUGUCUUGACGCCCCAGAAAUUCCUUGUAUUUAUGCAGCGACGAUUGGAAGAGCAAGGAGUGAAGUUCCUCAGAACAAGGGUCUUUGCACUCGCUGACCUCAAAGGCCUUGGCCAUGAUGUUCUCAUCAACGCUUCAGGGUUCGGUUCUGAGACAUUAAAGGACGUCCAAGAAAAGAACAUGACGUCGUGGAGGCUGCAAUGCGUCGUCGCAAAAGCACCCGCAUAUGAUCAACUUUAUAUUCGUCGGGGACCUAAAGGGUACUAUUCAACCGCCUUUUCGCGCAUGGAUGGCACUGUCUACUGUGGCGGUGUGUUAACCAAAGGUUCUCGCGACGUUACCGUAUCUGAAGAAGAUAGGGCAACGAUAUGCCGCAACGCUCACGAUAACAACCCUACGUUGUUCCCUUCUCCAGACCCGAAGGACUGGCCCAUUCUGUAUGACCAUGUCGGCAUCUUUCCGUCAAUAGAUAGCGACGUAGCAGGUGUACGAUGCGAAGCUGAGAUACUGGGAGGUCAGCGAGUCAUUCAUGCUUACGGUCAAAAUGCCGGAGGUUAUGUGUACAGCUAUGGCCUGGCUCGUGCUGUGAAUGGUCUGGUGGAUGACUAUGUCUCCAGAAUUCCUCUUUCUGCACCAGCCAAGCUGUAA